ACCCGAUUUUUUUUUAGUAAGCGAACCCCUUGAAUGGUCCAUCACCAAAUUUAUAGCAGCCCAGUUGUAAAAUCAUGGGUCUCACAGGGGUCCUAAAGUCCCAAAAUUUCGAUUUUUGCUCUUUCACCGAUAAGAAAAAAUAAAAAUGUGUGCUUAAAAACGAUUUCCAAAAUAUAUCAAGUUUCAAAGGGUCAUAGGUUCUAUAGGAUAUUUUGUGGGCCCCAAAUUUUUGAAAAAUUGCCCCAAAAAAAGUAGAGAAAAGACAAAUUUUGAACAACAAAAUCCAUGACAGAAUUUCUGUGUAGGUAGGAAGGUAGGUAGAUACUUAGAUAUAUCUACAUACAACGACAUCCAAGAUACAUUUUUAAAAGCAAAAAUAAAUUUGUUGAAAGUAACACGACUGGUUCGUUAUCCCUAACGAUUAUGGCAGUUGGAUUUUUUUCAGUCUUGACAUUAUAAUGUACUAGAUUGACAUAUUGUAGAAACACAUUCUCAUUAACAAAACUACGAGUAUGAGUAAAUUUCCUUUUUUAAACCAAAUAUGUACGAAGAAAUACUGCGUAAAAACACAUUUUAAUUUACACAAGCUGGUGAUAAAUAUUUCUUUAAAAGCAGUACCUUAAACAAUAUUCUGAAGUAUUCUUCAAUCGAACGUGAUACUUGUGGAAAGCUUUAUCAAAAUGAAGACCAUCAUCACACUCGCCAUUUUCAUCGUACUAUUUGAGGGAAUUGAACCUCGAGCUUUGAACGGAUGUGCGUAUGUGAAUACAACAUUCUGUAAUGGAAUCAACGUUGACUGCAUUAAUGGAAUAGUUACGAUAAAUGGCAAACAAUAUAAAUUCAUCAAACCAUCUGAUAAAGUAGAAAUUACCUUCAAUGAGUUAAAAGUGAAUAACAAACUCGUCGAUAAGAUCACUGCCGCCCCUGGAAGUGGUAGGAGCUCUUUUCUUAGUGGCAAUCCAACACGAGAAGCGAAUGGCAAUAAAUGUCCAUCUGUAGCAAAAAUAAACGCAUCUGAUAUACUUCACUAUUGCGUAAAUGGGCAGUUGUACAUUGACGGUAAAAAAAUUGAAAAUGUAAAACCUACAGAUAACAUUGUAAUUAUUUCAAAUGAUCUUAGAAUUAAUGGUAAAUUCAUUCGACACAUUCGAGAUGAAGGAGAAGAGGAAGAAGAGGAGGAAGAAGAAGAUGAUAAUAAUGGAAUAGAAGAUGAAGAUGAUGACUCGGAAGAAAAUUAUGAGGAGGAUGAAAAUGAAUCUGAUGAAGAGAUUGAUGAUAAUGCGAAAGAAGAGGACGAUGAGGAGGAAGAAGAGGAUGAGGAGGCAGGGGAUGACGAGGAGAAGGAUGAUGAUGAGGGGGAGGAGGAGGAAGGGGAGGAGUUGAAUAAUGAUGAUGAAGAAGAGGAUGAGGUUAGUGAAGAUGAAAAGGAAGAGAACGAUGAAGAUAUUAACGAAAAUUAUGAUGACGAUGACGAUAAGGGAGAGGAGGAGGAGGAGGAGGAGGAGGAGGAGGAGGAGGUGGAGGAGACAGAUGAGGAAAACGAUGAUGUAGAGGAGGAGGAAAUCGAUAAUGAAGACAAAGAGGAGGUAGAAGAAAAUGAUGAAGAAGAGGAAGAAGAAGCAGAAGAAGAAAAUGAUGAAGAAGAGGAGGAGGAAGUAGAUGAUGAUGAAGAGCAAGAAGAAGCAGAAGAAGAAAAUGAUGAAGAAAAUGAUGAAGAAAAUGAGGAAGUAGAUGAUGAUGAAGAUGAGAAUGAGAAUGACGACGAUAAUGAUGAAGCAGAAGACCAACAAGAAGGCAUAGAACCCUAUUACGGUGCUAGAGCUAGACCCAGAGGCUUCAUUAAAUCGUCAUCGUAUCGUGGUUAUGAUUUUGAUUCAGAUUCAGAUUCAGAUUCAGAUUCAGAUUCAGAUUCCGAUUCAGAUUCAGAUUCCGAUGAUGAUUACGGUAAAAAUAUUUUCAUGCCAAGUAGUCGGACAAGUUUUAUCAGCGGAGUUUCUCCAAAAAAGACCAUUGUCUUUGAGAACAACAUCGUUAACGGUCGUCGCGUACCCAAUUAUACUAUAACAAAAAGUGUCAACACACCUCCGAGAAUUAUUAAUUCGCAAAAAUCCAAGGUGAUUAAAAACGUAAAGAAACCAGUACAGAAGGCGAACUCGAGUAAAAACAAUAAAACGAAAACUGCCAACAAAUUCAAUUCCAGUAAUAGUGGCAAGAAAAUUUAUGAUUUUUCUGGGAUGAAUAUAACUUGUAACGGAUGGAAUAGUUUGAAUCCUUACUGGAUAGGUAAUAAAUUUUACAUUAAGGAUGUUGAAAUAAAAAAUUUCAAACGUUCUGAUAAAUUAAAAAUUGUUGGAAACAAAGUUUUCGUGAAUAAUAAAUUCAAAUGUUACAUUUAA